ACGGGCAGGUGGAAUUCGUGUAAAAAGACACAGAGUACGCAGGAGCUUGGUUCGAAUUAACCCAAGGGCAGCAGCAUUACGGGCCAUGUCACAAAGACCACACAGAAGGUUGUACAGUGUUGCUGGUCCAAACUCCCUGUGGCACCUAGAUGGCAACCACAAAUUGAUAAGAUGGAGAAUUGUCAUUCACGGUGGUAUAGAUGGCUACAGUCGUCUCAUAGUCUUUCUCCGUGCCUCAAACAACAACCGCAGCAGCACUGUAAUGAGUUACUUUUUGAAUGCCGUGGCCAGGUACGGAGUGCCUUCUAGGGUCAGAACAGACCAUGGAGGAGAAAACCAUGAUGUCUGUGUGAUGAUGAACAUUUUCAGGGGCUCAGAGAGAGGCAGCGCAAUAAGAGGCAGGAGCGUUCACAACCAAAGAAUUGAGAGGCUCUGGGAUGACGUGUGGCGGGGAUUGACUAAUGUAUAUUACAAUCUCUUCCGCUUCCUGGAAGAUGAAGGUAUCUUGGACAUAGACAAUGAAAUGCACAUAUGGGCUCUUCACUUUGUCUAUGUGCCGAGGAUCAACAGGCGUUUAUCAGCCUUUACUCAACAGUGGAACAACCAUGGGCUCAGAACAGAACAACACCAGACACCCAUGCAGAUAUUUGUUCGAGGCUGCCUGGAACAACAAGGACAGCGAACCACUGCAAUGGAAGAGAUAUUUGGCAGAACAGCUGGGCCAGCAAAUGAACCUGUUCUUCAGGCACCGGCAGCAGAAUCAAGCUCGCAGGAGGCACCAGUGUUUGACUGGCCAGAGGGAGUAGCUGUUCCUCAAAAUGACUUCACAUUGGAGAGUGCUGCCUUAGAGCAACUUGUUGCACAAAUUAAUCCACUUGGUGGUUCAAGGGGACAACUCGGAGUGGAUGUCCUUCGAAAUGUUUUGUCUCUUAUGAUGUCUCUGAAUCCCCAACGUUAAAGAAAGAUAAAUGGUUAUUUCUGUAAUCGCAGAUUAUGGUCACCACUGACUAAUUAUAUGCACACUGAAUUUUUGGUGAGCCAAGCACUGAAGUUUGUUGUGGGUGUGGAUAGGUCCACUUGAAGUUAUAUAUUGAGUAGCUGUUACAAUAUGUAAGUAUGGUUAAAGGGUUAGCUCACCCAAAAAUGAAAUUGGUCAUUAAAUACUCACCCUCAUGUUGCCCCAAACCUGUAAGACCUUUGUUUGUCCUCAGAACACAAAUUAAGACAUUUUUGGUAAAAUCCAAGGAUGAUCCACAUAAGGAGCAAUGGUACUGCAUCUUUUGAGGUCCAGAAGGGUGUUAAA